CGGCGCGAUACGGACCGAUAAAGCGGCACGAUGGCUCAGACAUCGGAACCGGUCCCGGUGCACUGUUACACCAAUCCCUCGUUCUGCCGGCAAUCAGAAUACAUUCCGGACGAUCAGGCGACUGAUUUGCCGCCGCCACCGCAAUUUCAGACCGUGGACGAUCUGCCGCCCCCGCCGCCUCCGUUGCAGCUGCAGAUGCAGUGCAGCGGAGGUCAGAGCAACCCGGCUUUCCAAGGGACCGCGGAAAGCGGGAUCGAGAACUGCGUGACCAGGGACAGAUAUUGCUACCUGGAGGAGAACAGAACAGUCGCGCAUCGUAGAUACGCGAGCGUUCCGGUGGAGGAGUCCCGCUCGUACAAUCAAAAUUCAAGGUACGAGUACAUAUCGGACGAGCAACAACAGCAGCAGCAAAGGGGCCUGUUCCAAAGGAGGGGCUCCUCGAGGUACGACUUCAUUUCGCAGCAGCAGGUGCAACAACGUUCCGCAACGGCGGCCAACCAAGACGAGGGUCGGGAGCUACAGGCGCAAAUCUGCCGGAACAACGCCGGAAGAUACGCCAUUGUACCGGGUGAUCCCGAUUUCCAGGACGACGAUGCCGCUUGGAGUUCGGCGAAGCACGUGUCCCCUAUGCGACGACACAUCAACACGCCGCAGGGUCGUUACAGCAGAGUGCCCUUGCAAGAAGAAGACCCUCCGGCACUUCCCGAGAGGAACGGGCAGGAGAUCUCGGUCUCGCCGCGGAAUAACUUAGCCACGCAAAAACUACACGAGAUAUUGACCACUCCCAGGAAGCCACGGUCCAGGUCCGAGGAAAGAACCCUGUCUCCGAAGAGACACCACUCGUUCAAUCAAACCGGUACGCCACAAAGAAGAGCGCUGACUCCAGGUGGCUCACCAACCGGUCGAACCUUCAGCCCUAGUCGAUCCACGCCUCAAGGAACGCCGCAGAAUCGCGCGUACUCCUCUACGGGGCCUCAGACGUCCACCCCGAACAAAGAGUCCUCGGCUAGGAGGUGUUUGCCGCUUUUGGAGAACACCUCGCGGCAGCAGGACAUCUGCCCGGCCAGUAACUGUGGAAGACUCCGGUAUGUCGGCACAGCUCCGGUCGACCUUGCGUCGAUGGGUCAUGGCGAUCCACUGCCUCGGUACGCGUACAUGGAAAACGGACCGGAGUCUUUGCCAAUGGUGUCCGGUUCAUCGAGGUAUCAGGUGGUACCCGCGGGACAGAAAAGGAACGGCUAUCAAAGCGUGGAAAGCGCGUUCAUCGCUAGAACCGCGGUGGUUCCACCGCUAUCACCGCCGCCCAGUGAUGCAAACACAACCUUGGCCAGUGGUUUGGAGAAAAACGAUAGGAGAAACGCCCCGCUAUUAUUGGUUCUCGUUGGUAUCUUAACCUGCGGCCUGGCGUUAUAUUUAUCUUGGACGCAAGGAAGAAGGUAUUACUACGACAGCGCGGCAGGUUGCGGAGCGUGUUGCACUCUGGCUGGUGCUUGCAGGACGUUGAGAAGAACUUGGACUGGUCUUGGUCUUGCUGGACUCUCGGCGCUGAGCUGCGCGGGACUUUUACUGCUCGCCGCGAAGUCCCCGAAAGCUGGCACACCUCUACACGACGUUACAGCUGGUGCUCUUUGCGGCGUUUCUCUGCUGGGUGCUGCUUUAGCAUUGCUAGCACUGCUAGCGCCGAGAUGCAACUUCGGACGACACAGAAGGGUGCACUCCUGGAUCACCUCGUCUGUCCCCCUGACUUCGCAGAGAUCGUUCCGCGCGGUAUGA